UAUGUAUAUAUGCAUGUAUGAACUUUUGUAUGUGAACUGAAAAUUUUGGAUUUGUAUUCAACGAAACGUCAUUCAUACAAAAAUGUGCAUAGAAUAUUAAUUAAUGUUUAAAAUGUAAAUCAUCCCCACAAAAGACGUACACACAUAUAAAUAUAUGUAUCUAUAUAUAUAAAGCUGCCGUUUUGGGCAACCACUAGACGAGCCCGCGUAAUAGUGGCUGCGCAAUGCAUUUUGCAACUAAUUCAAUAUAUUUUGCAAUAAUUUAAAAGACAAUAUGAUAUCCAAAGCUUACGCGCAAUUAAUUGAUUUUAAGAAAAUUCAGUUCAAAUACGCGCACUGCAGGAAGCAGUUAAGCCCAGAAGCAAAAUGCAAAAUAUUAACCCUAUUAGUGUGACAGCAUUUUUGGCGUGUUUACUACUUUUGCAACAACAAAGUGCUCACGCCUUGCUACAUGACAUCCUGGACAUUUUGGAUUUACAAAAUCUUGACUUGGCCAAUUAUGAAUAUUUUCGGAAUUUACCCUCGCAGAAUCCAAAAACAGCGCCACAAGCUAAUCUAUUUCUGGAGCACUUUCAAAAGAAGAAAGCAGUUUUGGAUUAUAUAGAGCAUUUGUUUUUGGGUACAUCACCAUUUACACAGAAGAGUGAAAUACCAUUUAAUCCACACUUUGGACGUGCAUGGCGUCCAUAUUUCGAACGUCGUUAUGGCAAGCGCGGUGCUAAUUUGGUAGAUAUGUUGGGACGAGGAUACUCUCUACAACAGUUACGCCAACAAGGUGCUAUACCACAGGAUUUUGGCACGAUAUACUACCCAACACGUUGAAUAAAUUUAUUGUUCUAAACGCGUCAGAAUUAAACGAAAUUAUUUAUUUUUACUUUACUUA